UCCCUCUCUCUCCUCCUGAUCUUUACCCUCUGUCCUUCUGCUCUCUGAAGACAAGGAGCUUUUUGUACAAAAGGGAAAUCAUAGGACUCACAUGCUUUGGAAGGGAGAAGUGAGUGAUCACAGCGAGAGAUAGGUUGGCUCUGAGGAGAAGAACAAGGCAGAGGAGGUCGUUUAGAGCUGGACGAGAACUCCACAACCAGACGACCGUGAACCACACCGGACCAGGAUCAACAGGACUACCUUAACAUGGAGAAUGGAAAACCAGAAGCAGAAGACAAGACAGAGGGCAUGACAGAAGAUACAGAAGAAAAUGUGGAUUCAGCCAACCUGGAGGUUGCUCAGCUGCAGGGCCUGGUGGCUGAGCUGCGCGAGGGGCUCCAGACUGCUCUGGCGGAGCUGUGCGAGCUGCGCCAGAGGGACCAGGGCAUGGAAGAGAGGCUCCGGGCGCAUCAGACUGAUGUGGAUGAUAAGAUAAUGGGCCUCAAGAACUCGCUCAACACUUUCAAGGAGGAGCUGAGUGUGGCGUUGUUUCACAUUAAGGACGUGUCCAGCAGACAGAGAGACGUGCAGAGGAGAAUAGAGCUGCUGCAGUCAGAGGAAAACAAAGAGAUCAUCUCCGUUCCACAAAGCAGGAAGAGCUCCAGGGCUGAUGUGUCGGUGGCGCCGGUGGACGAGCACAUCUGCAUGCCCAGCCAGUCAGACCUCAGUGUCAUUCAGCACUUUUUUUCCAGUCUGCCACAAAGCGGGUCGCCGUACAGGAGCACCACGUCCACGCAGACGUCUGUCUCUGAGCAGGAGGCUCAGCAGCAGCAGCAGCAGCAGCAGAGAGGGUGUUCUUCCAAAUGUCCAGAGUGGGGAGAGAGGAGAAACAGUAGAGAUGAGGCAGAAAGCCACAACAGCCAGAAUGAAAACAAUAAGAGACAGAGAGCAGCUCUGGAGCUGCUGGAGUCAGAAAGAGUCUACGUGUCUCACCUGUCUCUGCUGCUGAAGGCCAACAUCUCCUUCAACGGAUCAGAAACUCUCACCUCUAAAGACAAACGUCCGUUCCCCAGCUGUUUGAGGUUUCUGAUCCAGCAGCACCUCGAGCUCCUCCACACUCUGCAGGAGCGUGUGCUCAAGUGCCAGUGGCAAGGCAUCAUGGGGGAUGUGUUCAUGAGGCUCACCAGCAAAGAGAGCGAUUUCUUGGACUUUUAUGUGUCCUACCUGAAGGAGCUUCCAGACUGUCUGUCCGUCGUCACCAUGCUGGCCUCCAGCUCCAUGAAAUCUUCUGCCUUUGUGGAGUGUGACAUAAUGGGCGAUGAGUCCAAACCCUCCCUCCACACUCUGCUCCUUCAGCCGGUUCAAAGGAUCCCGGAGUACCUGCUGCUGCUACAGGGACUGCUCAGGCAGACAGAUGCCGACCACCCAGACUACUACCUGCUGCUGGUGAGCAUCCAGCAGUUCAGGUCCUUCACGGCGCAGUACCACCACCUCCUCCAGCACAACCAGGAGCUCCUGCUGCUCAACCGCAAGGAGGUGAAGAGGUCUACCAUGAAACAACUGUUAAAGACAGUGGAGACGGGGAUUCAAGCCAACAACAUGGGCUCACCGUAUCCUUGCAGCAGCACAAUGCUGGAACACGCCAGCAACGCAAAGCUAAGGAAGCAGUGUCUCCUGGAGCAGAUCCAGUCUCACCGUUUCCACGACUGGGAUCGGGACCAGGAUCCUGAAACUCAUUGCUAUGAUACAGAGUGGUCCUCCCAGCUCCCGUUCUUGAGCCCCGAUCUGGACUCACGGAACCACAAACCACCAGGUCUCGGCAGCAUCCCGGAGAGUGAGAUGUCCGAUAGGCACCAUCUUCCCUCCAGACCCACCGAGUUCCGUCAGGUCCAGCCGGGCUCCGCUCUGGCUGAUGCCCUCGGGGAGUUCCUCCUCCCUCCAGACCCUCCAGGGAUGGAGAGCCUCUAUGAAGAGGAAGGAGGCUCCCUUCACGAUGCGUCGAUGUUCGACCGCUGCUCAUCGGCCUCCUCUGACUCCUCCAUCGACAUUGCCUUCGUGAAGUGCCCCAAAGCCCCCUCUGGAUCCCACCACGCAACAGCUACGAAUGUGUUGACGGCCCGCGAUGUCUUUGGCAGCAGUGGAAGUCAGAGGAACGGUCACAACAGACUACCCAACCGGGCCUGUGUGUCACCCGAUGAGGCUGUGAUGAUGCGUCGCAAUCAGCAUCGUCCCCUUCAGGCCAGCCAGCGUAAGAGUAAGUCCCUGAAUGGCCUGCAGAUGGAGAACACAGUGAGUGGUCUGGAUGGAGGACCGAUGUCAGAUCACCUGCAUAGGACGGGACUGGGCAGCCAUGCCAAACUGGAGCGCCAGGGCAGUAGGGGCAGCAAAGGAUCUUCUACCCCGUCCCGCAAAAUCCACAGUUCCCCGGGCAACCGAGUGGACGCUGGGAAACAGAGUCCGGAUCUUCAUGGACUACUCAACAUUUCCCACCAGGAACCUGGAGUCCAAACUUGGGGGGAUGAGUCCAAGUGGAGGGGCGGGGCAGAGGAUAAUAACCACACCCCCUUCAGUGACAGGAGUCGCAAGGACAAAGGAGGAUUCAGGAGCUCGUUUAAGAAACUCUUCAAGAAGAAGUCAGGUGAUGAGAAGAAGGAGAAGGGAAGCGAGAAAACCUCUGAAAAUCAAAACAACAGUGAACACGAGACGCCGGGGAAGAACUCCAAACUGGUCCCACUGGAGAUAAACCGCGGCACAGCUGUAUGAACGGACACAUGGACACCAGACUGAAUAUGGAGUGUAGAAUGUGCAUGUUUAGCUGAGACAUUUUUUUAUAUAUUUUUUUUUUCUUUGUAUAAAUUCUGUACAGGUAUACACCAUUUAAAUAUGCAACUUCUCUGCUAAACACAGUUUAAAUGUGAUUUUUAUUUAUCCUACACCUGGCCUUCACACUGAGGGUAAGCAUUCGACAAGAUCAAUGUUUGAACCAUAGUCUGCUGGUAGAUUUGUCUUUUUUUUAUUUGUUUAGUUUUUUAUCAAACUCAGUUAUAUUGUGAUUGACUUGCCCUUAAAUCACACAAGUAACAUCGCCAACUGAGACUGAUUGUACAGUAAGAGAACAAAUGUAACUUUUUGUCAAUUAAUAUGCGAAUAUAUGACAAAUAUGACCACUAGAGGGCGCAUAUACCCCAACGAUGUAAAUAAAGCUGCUCUCUUCAAUUUCUUAAGUUUCAAGGUAACUAACAUUUUUCUUUUGCUUUUUACUCUUUAUUGUUGAAGGUUUUUGUUUUCCCUUUAACUUUCAAACCUGACAUUUUUAAAGUUCGUCUUGCAAUAUCCAGAAUCAUAUCGUUGCAUAUACUCAGGAGAAGAACGUAUUAAGCUGUUUUAUUUUGUAUUUUGUGUACGUGUGGUUUUAAAGAGAACAGGAAAUGUUUGUUUUCUUGGUGGCUAUUAUUAUUAUGCACUGAACUGUUUUGUUCAGAGAGAACAAUGUCACAACGUUCAAUAAAGCUCUACACUGAGUAUUUCCCAAUCAAA